UUAUUUUCUCAAUGAUAAUAUUUUACUAAAGUCGGACGAAGCACUGGAUCCGUGAUUCUUUCCGGCAUUUGAGCUCAUAAACUAGCCGUGGAAAGAAUUCUCUGGGAGCAACGGUGCCAUGAAGCCUUGGAAGAGACGACGAAAUGGAGUGCAGAUCUCGAAGUCAUUCAUAAAACGCAAGAAAACUCUUUUAGCCAAAACCCUACAUAACAUCUUUCUUAUACGCAACCCUUUUGGUCACUCCCUCAACUAUCCUUCUCCGGCAAACCCUCCUCUGCCAUCCCGUCCUCUUCCCUCCUCUAUAAAUAUUACCACCCAUCACCUCGCCCUCGCUUAUCCCUCGCAAUGCCAAACCUCUCUCUGUUCCUUUUCACCAUCAUCCUCGCCUCCGCGUCCUUCGCCGCCGGCGACAUUGGCGACGAGGACCUCACCCUCCCCAUAGACGCCAGCUUUCCUGCGGCCGCUGCUGAGAAGUUCAUCCGCGCUCUCAAUCUCCUUCCUCGUGAUCCUUCUCCACAACCCCCCGCUGCUGUUGCCGAUGAUCGGCUGGGACCGAUCGUUGGGAAGCCGCUUCGCCUGACCUCAUUCGCCGGCGAGGUCUCCGUCGAUGAUCUCGGGCAUCGUGCCGGCUACUACCGUCUUCCCCACGCCUAUGACGCCAGGAUGUUCUACUUUUUCUUCGAGUCGAGGGAGAGCAAGAAGGAUCCAGUCGUUAUUUGGCUGACUGGCGGACCCGGUUGCAGCAGUGAAUUGGCGGUUUUCUAUGAGAAUGGACCCUUCACUGUAGCCAACAACUUGUCGUUGGUGUGGAAUGAAUUUGGGUGGGAUCAGGCAUCAAAUCUUAUUUAUGUUGAUCAGCCCACUGGAACCGGUUUUAGUUAUAGUUCAGACAGCCGAGACAUUCGACAUGACGAAGAUGGUGUUAGCGAUGAUCUUUAUGAUUUCUUACAGGCAUUCUUCUCCCACCACCCAGAGUAUGUAAAUAAUGAUUUUUACAUUACUGGAGAGUCUUAUGCUGGGCACUAUAUUCCUGCUUUUGCAAAACGCGUUCAUCUUGGAAACAAGGCUAAAGAAGGCCUUCACAUCAACUUAAAGGGCUUUGCUAUUGGGAAUGGCCUUACUGAUCCAGCAAUCCAGUACAAAGCCUAUACAGAUUAUGCUUUGGAAAUGGGAAUAAUUAAAAAAUCUGACUAUAAAAGAAUCAAUAAAGUUUACCCAGCUUGUGAGCUGGCCAUUAAACUAUGCGGUUCAUCUGGAAAAGCUUCCUGCAUGGCCUCAUAUAUGGUUUGUAACACUAUAUUCAAUUCAAUCAUGAAGAUUGCUGGAAAUACCAAUUACUAUGACAUCAGAAAGGAAUGUGAAGGCAGUCUAUGUUAUGAUUUCUCAAACAUGGAGAAAUUUCUUAACUUAAAAUCUGUAAGAGAGUCACUUGGAGUUGGGGACAUUGAAUUUGUUUCAUGCAGCUCAAAGGUAUAUGAAGCCAUGCUCACCGAUUGGAUGAGGAAUUUGGAGGUGGGCAUCCCUGCUCUGCUUGAGGAUGGCAUCAAGCUGCUUGUUUAUGCUGGGGAAUAUGAUCUCAUUUGUAAUUGGCUUGGGAACUCGAGAUGGGUUCAUGCCAUGGAAUGGUCUGGUCAGCAAGCUUUCACCUCAUCGCCUGAGAAGCCAUUUAUCGUCGAUGGUAAGCAGGCGGGAGAACUGAAGAGUCAUGGCCCUCUGAGUUUCUUAAAGGUUCAUGACGCAGGACACAUGGUUCCUAUGGAUCAGCCCCGGGCUGCAUUGGAGAUGUUGAGGAGAUGGAUGAAAGGAGACAUUGCAGAAGCUGCAUCAGAAUCUGAAGGCCUGGCUGCUGACAUUUGACAAACACCUUAAAUUAUAUGUUCUUGUAUAAAAUUUGAUGUGUUUGAGGUGUGAUUCUCUUUUUAGGAAGUUUCUUUAAAAGAAUUCAUGAUGUAAAAAAGGAUUAAUGACAUUAAAAUAAGGUCUUUGUUGUUUUUCCUAACUAAUUCAUGAGAUUGACUGAGACUUACUUUAUU